CCGCCGCGCGUCAACUAUCACGAGCGCCGAGCGCCGCGGCAGUCAAUACACGACCGUCCGCGUUACGGUACAGACCUCUCAUCGCCGUCGUCGUCGAUCGUCGCGUAACAGUGGUACAGCUGCCGUGCGUCCGUGUGCGGCAAGUGCGCGCGUACAGUGUCCGUCGGGUCCAGUCGUAGUCGUCGUUUUGCGGGGUGAAAAACAAUAGCAUCGACGGCGUACGCAUAACAGUACUGACGCGAUAAUAAUAUUAUUAUCAAUCGGUUCCGGACACGAUCGCGGCGUGACCGGAAGUGUCGAACACCGCUUCCGCCAGUGUCGACAUUGUCUUUUUGUUUGUGUUUUCGUUAAACGUUUUCGUGGACCGUCAUAAAAACUCUCGCCAAAGUGUAAGACAUCAACGUAACACGUUGCUCUGUCGUCUGUUUACGCUUUUAUUCGCGUGGACGUCAUGUGUUCGGGAGACGUGCCGCAGAGUCUUGUCGUCAAGUCGUCGCCGUCCGACGACCGCCGACGACCAUUUUGUUGAAUUAUCGAGUCCACCUCUGCGGAAUUUUUUCGUCUGCGCUUCACGGUCCGCAACCAUGCGACCGUUACCCGACCGCCGGCUGAAGAUUGCCACCGCCGUCAUCGCGGUCUGCGCCCUGGCCGUCUACGCGCCCGCAGACGUCAUGUGUGGACGACCUCCGCGGAUCAUAGAACACCCAACCAACAUGACGGUCCCACUGCAUGAGCCGGCUACGUUGAACUGCAAGUCCGAUGGUCAGCCGCAACCGGAAGUCCGGUGGUAUCGGGACGGACGUCCCAUGGACUUAACUAGUAGCGUCCGUAAGGCCCAAUUGCCGGAGGGGUCGUUGUUAUUCCUGGAGGCGACGCAGGGCAAGCGUGACUCGGACUCUGGGACGUACUGGUGCAUCGCCCAAAACAUGUUCGGUGAAGCCGUCAGUAGAAAAGCCAACCUUAUUGUCACAUACCUAAAACAGGACUUUCGAGUCCAGCCCAAGGACGUGAAUCCGGCGUCUGGUGACACAGCAAUCUUGGAAUGUGACCCGCCAAAAGGACAUCCUGAACCAGUAGUGGCAUGGCAUAAAAACGGUCAAGCUAUGGAGGCUGACGAGAAAAAAAGAUGGUACAUCGAAGAUAAUGGCAACUUGAUUAUUCGAGACGUGAAUAUCGAAGAUGAUGGUUCUUAUACAUGUGUAGCUAGUAAUUUAGCUGGGAUCCGGAAAUCUAAACCAAUUGUAUUGGCAACUCAGAUACGUCCAUACAUGAUACAAGCUCCGAAAGACACAAUAGCUAUGGCUGGUUCCAGUGUACAGUUGCAAUGUAAAAUCGGCGGAACACCACAACCAGAAGUAUUCUGGAAAAAAAUAUCAAACAGUGGUGUUGCACAACACAUAAGGACUACCAAUUAUAGAAAUGAGAAGCUUUCCGGGGACAGAGACACGUUCGAGCACGUUUACAUAACACAAGACGGCAGUUUGAGAUUAGACAACGUGAGUCCGGAAGAUGAAGGGAAGUACGUGUGUCACGCAGAAAAUCACCAAGGCAAAGUAAACGCUGCGUCUUCCCUCACUGUACACUCUGUCCCGUUAAUCACCCAAAGACCUGCGGACACACACGUAUCGGCUGGCAGCAAUGCGGUAUUCGAGUGCGGUGUUCGAGGCAACCCCAGACCAACAAUAUUCUGGUCUUUGCAGGACAACGAAACCGUGCUAUUCCCCGAAGAAAGCUGGAACGAAUUUCACGCCGAAGACACGAAAGAUUCAGUGUCUACACUGGUCAUACAUAACGUCAGGAAAGAACAACACGAUCAGCUCGUCGUCAUGUGUUCGGCAAUCAACGAAGCGGGCUCCGAUGAGUGGCGAGCCACAUUGACAGUGGCGGCAGCCGCAUACGACGAGUCUUUACCACCAAUCAUCGAAUACGGACCUGCAAAUCAAACACUGCCAUACAGUUCGAUUGGUAAUCUUGUAUGCAAAGCGAUCGGAAAUCCUCAGCCCGUGAUCACGUGGUACAAAGACGAUUCGCCAUUGUCAACGGAUAUCGCUAGGAUCAACAUCACUGAAUCCGGCACACUCCAAAUCAUGAAUUUACAAAAGAGCGACAACGGCGUUUAUACAUGUGUAGCGUCUUCGGUAAAUGGCAAGGCCACGUGGAGUGCUGAACUGAAAAUGGAAUCGCCAAAAAAUCCUAACGUAGGAUUUUUCAGGUCACCAGAUACCUCAACGUUCCCCAGUGCCCCGAGCACACCCGUUGUCAUCAACCACACGGAUACGGCAGUUACGCUGUCGUGGGGCCGUAGCAGCAAGGUUGGAUCGUCACCACUACUCGGUUAUCAGGUGGAAAUGUUCGCUUGUGUCGAGAACGUUGGAUGGGCGACAUUGGUGCGGAGGCUGCACUCGACUCACUUCACCCAGUCAUUCUUAAAACCUGGCCAUUCCUACUUGUUCGUGGUGCGUGCUGAAAAUUCACACGGUCUAUCCGCGCCUAGCCAUCUGUCCAGCCGCAUCACAUUGCCCACAGAAUACCGUCAGAGCAUAUCGUAUUCCCACGAUAUGUCCAUCGCCAAGUCUACUUUGUUUGGCGGUCAUAUCGUAGACCUUAUCGACAUAAAAACUGUCAGCUCGACUUCGAUAAAACUUUUCUGGGAGAUUCUUAACGGAGAGUUUUUAGAAGGGUUUUAUUUAUACUAUCGUAGCAAAAACAUGACUGGUCAAAACACCACGUUCAUGAAAAUCUUGUCUAACGCAACUGAACUGUCUGGAGCGUACGUGAUUAACACUCUAAAACCGUCAGUCACUUAUAUGUUUUUCUUGGUCCCAUUCUACAAACACAUCAAAGGUCGACCGUCGAAUUCAAGAACCGCAAAAACUCACGAAGAUUGUCCGUCUCUGCCACCUCAAAACGUGGAACCAACUGCCUACAAUUCCAGUGCUGUGUACCUGAAGUGGAAUCCACCGCCUGACAACUCACACAAUGGUGUUAUCAUCAGUUACCAGGUAGUCAUACAAGGUGGUGCCAGUUGGGACGUACUAAGUAAUGUGACGGUCAGUGCCAGUACUCCCACUUUGCUCCUGACCAACCUCACAUCAGGUGUGCGUUAUAAGGUCAUGAUUGCUGCAGCGACGAAAAUCGGUUUUGGUCCGUACACGGAUUCAAUAAUAUUACCGACGGACUCUAUGAACCAAAUAAAUCAAUUUAACGACGCAGUCAUCGAUCACGAAGAAAUAAAAGAAUUCGUUGCUGAACCGUGGUUUAUUCUGUUAUUGGCCGGGGUCAUAACAUUAAUGGUCAUAUUACUAGCGGCUGUACUUUUCGUCAGAUACCGUCAGUUAGGCGCUAAAAAGUCACACUUAGGAGAUUCAUUAAAUCCUGCAAACAAACUGUCUUAUUCGUCUGGUUUCAAAACUAGUCUAGACGUAUCUCACCGAGGACAAGUAGCGUCAUUUUUGCAAUCCGAACACAGCGUCUCAAACAGUCAACGGUGUUUAUUCAUCGAUGCAAACUCGUGUCAUAAACCCAAUUGGAUGCAUCAUGAUAUUGAUAGUAACGAGAAAGAUUCUAGUCAACAACUCUUACCUGAAAUUGCUGACUAUGCAGAAGUGAAUCCAAAUACAAUGAGUACAUUUUUAAAGGACCGUGAAUUGUCGUCUCCGGCCCCUUAUGCGACGACUACAUUGGUGUCGAACUCAAGUUCUAGAAAUAUGAGACGAAAUUCCGAUGAUACAGCUUACGCUUCAGCCAAUAUUUAUAACCGUAAUCAAAACGUAUAUUCUGAAAGUGGGUAUAGCUGUUGUUCCAGUAAUAAUGACUGCCAGGGCUGCGCAGAUGAUUGCGGGAGCAUGCAAGGUGUUCCUGUGUCAGUCGUUCUGAGCGGUUGUGGCCGAAAGACGUUCAGCGAAGUGUCUCAUCACAGCAACAAAAGCGGUUCGAGGUUCAAUAAUUACCCACCUUAUUCAUCUAGGCAGCGAGCCCUGAUGCGCACUACGUGUUCGUCCAACGGCUAUCACUACGUCGAUCCGGCGAUCAUCGGACCGACGAACAGCAGCUACAGCAACGGUUACGGCCGAGACUGCGCGCCGCCGGACGUGGUUGGCCAGCAGCAGAGGUCGCCUUGCUACACCGAGGCGGGUGUCGCGAAUACGCAAAACAUCUCGUGAACGGCUUUUUUUUGACCGAUGUUGCUUAAAAAACGAAAACGCCGUCGAUGACUACCACCGCCGUCGCCGCCAACCCGACGCAGAGUACUCGACCCCAUCGCCGUACAACGAAAAGCGUAUUUUCCACACACACAAUAAAAGUAUUAUUAUGAUGUGUUUUAAUAGCAUAUAUAUAUAUAUAUAUAUAUAUGUGUGAAAAAAAUACCUGUGCGUCGUUUCCUAAUGUAUGUUUGUCACGCUCGUCGCGAGGUGACGUACAGGGUGAUUCCGACGUCCGUCUUAAUAUUUUUAUUAUUAUUACCUCGAGUCGAGGUAUGUUGUACCUCGUUUCGACGACCUCUUAUACCGCGAAAAGCAUAGUUUACGAAUAUUGCAUUGUACUCGUAUUUAAAACCUCCCCCCAACCCCUUAAAACCACGAAAAUCCACGUAAACCCUAGACCCCGAGAGCGAAACAUAUCAUUAUAAUACAAUAUCGUUCACCCGUUUCCGACACAAACUGUUUUACAAUACGAGUCUCUACUUUUCGGCGGUAUCUUGAGAAUAAUAAUAAUUAUUAUUACGAUUGCAACACCGCGGUAUUCAAACGAUGUAAUAUUUUUUUAUUACCGUAUUCUACUCGUCGGUAUAUAAUAUUGUAUUAUUAUUAUUAUAUUAUUAUGAUUACCUAUAUUAUUAUUGUAUCAUGUAAAACGUAACGAAGAAAAAAAAAUGAAAAAUUGUUAUUACACCGUUUACACACGUAUACGACGAAAUAUUGUGCAGGUUAUUAGACCCCAACGUGUUUAUGUAAAUCUAUAAUAGUGCCAAUGUAUAUUUUGUAUUUCAACUGUACAUGUAAAUUUUAAAUAAAACCUUCCAUUUGUUGUUUAUAAAAUUUAA